UGCUUUACAAAUCUGUGGUCCCAAGUUCCCGAGCUGCCCAGUGGGGCAGGGCCGUGCUUCGCCCAUUGCCCAUCAGUCGGUGCCAAGAAGCGGCUGUUGGGGCGCCGGGCCGGCCUCGCGGGGCGCCAGACUGCGCUUUUGCUGGCUAACAGCCCUGCCCUGAAGCCUGGAGAGGCGCUGGGCUGUCAUGCCUGGGGGCGCUGGGCUUCUGCAACCUGGACAGCUUCUCCAGGCGGUGGUUGGAAACGGGUCAAAGAAGGGGCUGCGGUGCGUCCCGUUUAACCCUGGAGACCUGGCGAGAUUCUGCCAAGUUCGGCUUUAGAGUGUGGUGAAGGCUACUUUUCAUGGUGCAUGGAAGGAAAGCCAAUGCGCAGAAAGGAUUUCUAAAUGAAGAUGAACUUUGGAGUGUGGAGCGAGAUGGCAGAAUGAGCAGCUGUAUGCUCCCAUACCCCUACAAAAACACCAAAACCAACUUGGUCAAACCAUCCAGUCAAAGAGUUACAGCAAGUGUACCAACAUUCGACCAGGAGAGACUGGAAUGGAUGUAACAAGCCGCUGCACCCUUGGAGACCCCAACAAACUGCCAGAAGGGGUUCCCCAACCUGCCCGCAUGCCCUACAUCUCAGACAAGCACCCUCGACAAACCUUGGAAGUGAUUAACCUUCUGAGAAAGCACCGGGAGCUAUGUGAUGUGGUGCUAGUUGUGGGCGCUAAGAAGAUAUAUGCCCAUCGAGUCAUUUUGUCAGCCUGUAGUCCCUACUUUAGAGCUAUGUUUACGGGAGAAUUGGCAGAGAGCCGUCAGACGGAAGUGGUGAUCCGAGACAUAGAUGAGAGGGCUAUGGAACUACUGAUUGACUUUGCAUAUACCUCCCAGAUAACAGUUGAAGAGGGCAAUGUUCAAACCCUUCUGCCAGCUGCUUGCCUCCUCCAGCUGGCAGAAAUACAGGAAGCCUGCUGUGAAUUCUUGAAGAGACAAUUAGAUCCUUCUAACUGCCUGGGCAUUCGAGCUUUUGCUGACACACAUUCAUGUCGUGAGUUACUAAGGAUAGCAGACAAAUUCACUCAACAUAACUUUCAGGAGGUGAUGGAAAGUGAAGAAUUCAUGUUGCUUCCAGCCAAUCAGCUCAUUGAUAUAAUAUCUAGUGAUGAGCUAAACGUUCGCAGUGAAGAGCAGGUGUUCAAUGCAGUGAUGGCCUGGGUCAAAUACAGUAUUCAAGAAAGACGGCCUCAGCUACCCCAGGUGCUGCAACAUGUUCGUCUUCCUUUGCUUAGUCCCAAGUUCCUGGUGGGCACAGUAGGCUCCGAUCCCCUCAUCAAAAGUGAUGAAGAAUGCAGAGACCUGGUAGACGAGGCUAAAAACUACCUCCUAUUGCCUCAAGAACGACCACUAAUGCAGGGACCAAGGACAAGACCACGGAAACCUAUCCGAUGUGGAGAAGUGCUCUUUGCAGUUGGUGGUUGGUGCAGUGGGGAUGCCAUUUCCAGUGUUGAACGGUAUGAUCCACAGACUAAUGAAUGGCGAAUGGUAGCUUCAAUGAGCAAAAGGCGAUGUGGAGUUGGAGUCAGUGUUCUUGAUGACUUGUUAUAUGCAGUGGGAGGCCAUGAUGGAUCCUCUUAUCUUAAUAGUGUUGAAAGAUAUGACCCCAAAACAAACCAGUGGAGCAGUGAUGUGGCCCCGACAAGCACCUGCAGGACAAGUGUUGGUGUGGCAGUGCUGGGAGGCUUUCUCUAUGCUGUGGGUGGCCAGGAUGGUGUGUCUUGCCUCAACAUUGUUGAGAGGUAUGAUCCAAAGGAGAACAAGUGGACUCGAGUGGCUUCUAUGAGUACCAGAAGACUAGGCGUGGCCGUGGCUGUGUUAGGAGGAUUUUUAUAUGCUGUAGGUGGCUCUGAUGGUACUUCUCCACUCAAUACAGUGGAGCGCUACAAUCCUCAGGAAAACAGAUGGCACACCAUAGCGCCUAUGGGGACCCGGAGGAAACACCUAGGCUGUGCAGUGUAUCAGGACAUGAUCUAUGCUGUAGGAGGUAGAGAUGACACUACAGAGCUUAGCAGCGCCGAGAGAUAUAACCCCAGAACCAACCAGUGGUCUCCAGUGGUGGCUAUGACAUCCCGCCGUAGUGGAGUUGGCCUGGCAGUGGUGAAUGGACAGCUCAUGGCAGUAGGAGGGUUUGAUGGCACAACGUAUUUGAAGACCAUUGAAGUUUUUGAUCCUGAUGCCAAUACAUGGAGGUUAUAUGGCGGGAUGAAUUAUCGUCGACUAGGGGGUGGCGUAGGAGUUAUUAAAAUGACACAUUGUGAGUCCCACAUAUGGUAAACAUCUCGAAGACGGUCACUUAGACAUAUGCUUCUCUGUAUCCUGGAGAGCUUUGACUUUGGAGCUUUGUACAACUCAAGAAAACAUUACAACAGAUUUUAUUCUUUGCUGGUGCCUCAACAUACGGAAAUAUAAUUCCAAUGAAAAUACUUCACCUGCAAGAUGCCACCUUUGCACAAUAAUUUUCAACCCUGUGCAGAAUAUUUAUUUUUGGUUUUAAUUUAUCAUGAACUUUUUUUGUACUUAUCCUUCAUCCUACCAAAAAAGAAAGAAAAGACAAAAAUCCCAAGCAACAUAACUUUAUUUUUAAGGUAUUGAUUACAUUUGAAACUACUAAUAAGAGGAGAAGGGCUAUGUAUGAUCUGGGCUGUUAUUUCUAAACACUCCAUCCACAUGACUCCACUACUUACAAAGGAUGACCUGUGACAAAGAUAGAUAUGCAAAAUGUGUUAGCUAGCCAUCAUUCUUGCACUUAAAGCACUAAAAGACUUGGAAACCUUUAUUAAAAAAAAAAAAAAGGAAACAUCUCAUUUUAAAAA